AGUAUAUAUGGUACAUAUCUCAUUGCCUACCAUUCAUAUCAUCAACACUUCUUCUGUUUUCUAAGAGCCAAAAAUUUUCUCAUCUUCAGUAUUAGUACUCUUUUAGAGCCAAAACAGGAAAUAACAGAAUGAUAAGUGCAAAGAAGCUCAUUAGAAUGGCAAGAAAGUGGAAGAAGAUAGCUUCCAUUGGGAGAAAAAGAAUUUCUUUCCCAAGAAGCAAAGGGACUAUGGACAGGAGCACAUUUAGCCCAUGGUCUGAAGCUGAUAAAGGCCAUUUUGUUGUCUACAGCACCGAUCGAAUCCGCUUUGUGCUUCCAUUAGUGUACCUACAGAAUACCAUCUUCAGAGAACUCUUCAUGAUGUCUGCAGAGGAAUUUGGCUUCUCGAGAAACGGGCCAAUUAUGUUGCCAUGUGACGCAGUUUUCAUCAAGUACAUACUAUCUCUCAUGACAAGAGGUCUAGCUCAUGAUGUUGAGCAAACUUUGCUCUUUUCCAUUAAUAGCAGUUGCUACUCUUUACCUUUUGUACGUCAAGAAAAAACAGGCCAACAAGUAGUUGUUUGUGGGUAGUUCAAAAUGUUCUUUGCCAGAUUAUGUAUAUGAAGCCUCAGCAAGUAGUGUUAAGUUUCACUGUUUUACAA